AUGCUCGACGUGUACUGCCUUCCCACUCCGCGUGCCGACACCCCAAUCCUAGUCUUCUCAUAUGGAGGCGGGUUCUACAUGGGCGUAUGCACACUCCUCGCCCUUGUGACCAUCAUAUACCACAACCUCGGCUCCUUCUUCGCCACCCAUGGAUCCAUGACCAUCGUCCCUGACCACCGCCUGGUUGAUUCUGGUGAAAUAGAGGGUACCAUUGGUGUUGUUGGAAUCAGUGAGAGUACCGGGCUCCGAGGCUCCUGCUGGGCAUCGGUGAGGAACGUGUUGUAUGAUGAGUUUGUCGCGUGGGGGCAUAAUCACGUCAGCUUGAUGUUCGCGCUUGGGACUGGGCAGGGCGAGGGAUGGGCAGAGGACAUAGUCAAGUGGAUUCAUACAUGCGCUUAUAGAUCCCCAUCACCCUUGGCCACGUUUCUCAUCCUUGCCGUAUUCCCCCACCUUUCGUCUUACUAUACACGCUUUGAGGAUGCUGAGGCGAAACAGAACAAAACCCUGCUGGGUAUUGGCAAGAGGGAUAUCUUGCGCCAUGGAGAAAUCCUGCAGGGCGAUGAAGUGACGCCAGUUUGGUGUUUACGUUUGGGACGGGAAGAGGACGUCAUCAGGAGGGAGUGCAAUGUUCACUCAGCACUGCGCGCACCCUAG